AUGAACUGGAGAAUUUACCUCAGUUUGAAAGAAGAAUCCAACAGGCGUUAUCACCCCAAAGAUGUGGAUAUUCGAAACCACAUGUAUAAGGCAACUGUAAAACAGAUGCUUUCCAAAGUUGAACAGGAAAAUCUUGAGGACAAGAUUAAGGGUAGGAAAGAAGAGAAUCCUGAGGAUCUGUUAUUCUUCAGACCUUGCUCCCUAUCUCCUACAGAAGCUGUUUUUGGAAACACCUCUGACACAGAUAGCAACAUUGAAGCAAAUAUAACCGAAAAACUUUUAUUUGCUCAUCAAACAGCUUGGCAGAGGCAUUUGAUGGGCAGAUACGGAAAUGAAAUCAUGCUUCUAGAUGCCACAUACAAAACAAUGAGAUUCGACCUCCCACUUUUCUUUCUUGUAGUUACAACCAAAGUCAACUACACAGUGGUUGGGUCUUUUACAACCCAAGAUGAUAACCCUUACCGCCCCUGAGCCUAAAUCCGCAAAAACCGACCAAUCACUCCCAACUUCCCAGGACCCAAGAAUGUUUAUCACAUUAUUGGCUUUGAUCUGAUUGGUUU